AAUGGCUGACACACAGCUUCCAGUGUUUUUAUAGGAGUGCCGUAUAAUAUCAGUGUGGGUGUGUUUUGGAUUUUAUUGUUUACAUUACAUCAAAACCUCGUUCAACUCUAAUGUAGUGCCAAAAUGGAUCUAUCUGUAAUUUAUUUUCGUUCCGCGGUGCUUUUAUUAAUUGUAUUUAACCACAACAUAAACUUUAACCUAGGUUUCAAUUUAGAAUCUAGAAUUCCAGUAAUCAAAAGAGGUUCAGUGGGCUCUUAUUUUGGAUAUUCUGUUGCCGAACAUCAAGCGGUCUAUGAAGUUACAAACAAAGUUGAACAUAGUUGGAUGCUUGUAGGAGCUCCGCUUGGUCAGAAUCUACAACCAAACACGACUCGUUCAGGAGCUCUUUGGAAAUGUAAUCUGACCAGCUACGAGGAGGAUUGUGAACAAGUUAUCACUGAUGGAAAAAGAAAUCCCUCCGACAAGCAAUACAAGAAAACGAUUGACUCAGCCCAUCUCAUGCCACCUCUGGAAGACGAGAUAAAGAAUGGUCAAUGGCUGGGGGUUACAGUCAGAAGUCAGGGGCCUGGAAAGAAAGUUUUGGUUUGUGCUCAUAGAUACAUAAAGCAGGGCGCUGAUUUCCAAUGGGGUACAGGACUAUGCUAUACCCUGUCUCAAAGACUGGACUAUGAUAACGCUUGGGAACCAUGCAAAGGGAGAUCCACUAACAAGGCGCACGAGGAGUACGGCUACUGCCAGGUGGGCACCAGUGGUGUCCUGGUGGGUGACGACACCGUGGUGCUGGGGACACCGGGGCCCUACACGUGGCGGGGCACUGUCUUUGUGCUCAGUGCAUCGGACAACUAUCUGGACCGCGACAAGACAUUCUACAUGGGCCCCGUCACCGAGCCACUCGCUCCUGUCGACAAGUACAGCUAUCUCGGUAUGUCGGUGACAGCUGCCAACUUCUUCGGCAGCAACAUGUCGUAUGCGGCCGGGGCACCACGGGCCAAUGGCACGGGCAAAGUGGUCCUCUUCUCCAUAGCCAAGCGCAUGCACUCUACCAUGAACGUCAAUCUGGUCAUCGAUGGCGAACAGUUCGCCUCCAGCUUCGGAUACGAGAUUGCUACCGCUGAUGUCAAUGGCGAUCUAUUACCUGAUCUUCUUGUUGGAGCUCCUUUCUACUUUGAUCGCGACGUUGGAGGCGCCAUCUAUAUUUAUUUGAACAACAAGGAACGCUGCCUCAACUGUGCCAAACCCACCAAAAUGACUGGCAAACCUGAAUCAAGAUACGGAUUUGCUAUUACCAACCUGGGUGAUAUUAACAAAGAUGGCUACGAUGAUAUAGCUGUCGGUGCACCGUAUGAAGACAACGGGGUUGUCUAUGUUUAUCUGGGGUCCAAAAAUGGACUUAUCACCGAACCGUCUCAGGUGAUCAAAGCAAACGACGUGAAACCGCUGGCAGGAAUCAGGACUUUCGGCUACUCUCUGAGUGGAGGAAUGGAUCUGGACCAGAACGGCUAUCCCGACCUUCUGAUUGGUGCCUACGAGAGCGACGCCGCCAUCUUGCUUAGGUCUCGGCCAAUCGUAGGCCUCGUUACAAGCGUGGCGCCCGAGGCCAAUCUGCAUAAGAUUGAUCCACUCAAGAAGGGCUGUUUCAAGGAUAUCAAGUCCGAGUACACUUGUUUCACCUUCGACGCGUGUGUUAUGAUAGCAGCAGUCAUUAAGGAUAUCAAAGGGUCGCGAUUGGGCGAAGGAACCGGCAUAACCCUGAGAUAUAAGCUGGAGGCGGACUUUAAGCGCAAAGUGCCAAGAGUUUGGAUUGGAGGGACCUCGGGAGAGGAACCAAGACCAAGUACGGUUGAGAAUGAUAUCAGUCUCACUCAAGACAAAAACGGACAGCUUAAGCAUUGUCAUGAACAUACCGUCUAUAUCAAGGAGAACACACGUGACAUCCAGUCGGCCAUAAUGUUCCGGCUGAGCUACACGCUGGUGCAGAAGGAGCCGCGAAUGCCGAAGCGGGGCGCCGCCCUACCCAGUGUGGAUAGCUUCCCCAUCCUCAACCAGCAGGAGGCGGCCAAAGUGUUUGCGGCCACCUUCCUCAAGGACUGCGGCGACAACGACAUCUGCGAAAGCCAGCUGUUCGUCGAGGCCGGCCUCGAGUUGCCCACCUCUGGAGACAACAAAUCAUCUUGGCAACUAGUGUUGGGAGAGCAUGAAGAGGUUCUACUGAAGAUCACCGCCCAUAAUCUGAGAGAGUCGGCCUACGAAGCACAGCUGUUUGUCAGUCAUCCAGCCGCCCUCAACUACAUUGGACGUAUGAAGACUUCUGAUCUGCCUGACCGCCAACCGUCGUGCAACCCACACAACAACACGCUGGUGAUCUGCAGUCUGGGCAACCCGCUGAAGCAGGAUGCCUCCAUCAACGUGCACCUGCGGUUCGACCCGAAGCCCCUGGCUGACGAGCAGUCGGCCAUUGAGUUCAGAGUGUUCGCCAACACCACCUCGCAGGAAGUGGAGCCGGAGCAGCCUCUCACUCUGAAGGCGGUGGUCGUCAGGAGGGCCGAGAUAUCGCUGCAAGGGUUAGCGCGUCCUGAACAGGUGUUCUACGGUGGUCAGGUAAGAGGCGAAUCGGCGAUGCAGUUUGGUGACGAGGUUGGCUCGAGGGUGCUGCACACCUACCAGGUGUUCAACCGGGGGCCGUGGAAGGUGUCGCGCGUCGAGGUGCAUCUCGAGUGGCCGUUCCAGGUGGCCAACAACAAGCCACAGGGCAAGUGGCUGCUCUACCUCGACGAGAAACCCACUAUUGAAGCUCUGAACGCGCGCGGUGAGUGCCACAUGGCGCCAGGUCAGGUGAAUCCGCUGGGUCUGCACUACCGGCCCAAUGUGGGCGACACCCUCCACGACACCCUGGCACUGACCACCACCAUGUCUGCGACACCAGUCGCACACCACAACGCGACACAGUCGGACGGCAAGCGAGUGCGACUCAAGCGCGACACAGAGAUGGUCGUCAAGUCGGAACUGGUCAGCAGCGAUGGACGCCAGUAUAAUGUUGUCAACAUGAACUGUACCGCUGGAACUGCCAAAUGCAUAAAAUUCCGAUGUGAGGUUGAAGGACUUCUGAAGAACCAGGAAGCUACUAUUUUCAUCAAAGCAAGAUUAUGGAACGCAACACUGGUUGAAGACUAUCCCAGGGUUGAUUAUGUGAAAAUCGGCUCAAGAGCUAGAAUUGUUAUACCCCCUCCCUUCAUCGUUCAUCAGAGUCAAACUGAAGAUGACAUUGCCGAAGUUGUAACAGUGGCGAAAGUAGAUCUCCAUCAGCAGCGCAAGACCGAGCCUAUUCCUCUGUGGAUCAUCAUUCUCGCCAUAGUUCUCGGUCUUAUUCUACUAGUAUUACUAACACUGCUGUUAUGGAAGUGCGGCUUCUUCAAGAGGAGACAUCCUGACCCUACAUUAUCAGGAAAUUUAGAGAAACAUGUCGAUUAUUAAACAAAUAGCAUUAAAAAAUCGUCGAAACUCACUGAAAAAAUAGAAAUUUAACGAAACCCUACAGAGACACACUUACUUUAUGCUAACACAGUGGACACACUGGGGUGUUGAACACCCCAAUUCAACUUUGCAUGUUUCUUUUAAAAAUAUAGAGAAAACAAGUACUUAGCCUAAAUUUAUCAUUUCUUAAUCAUUU